CUGCAGACCCCUAUAACUACAGCCCAGGGCUGUGGGGAAGAGGCCAAUGUCUCCAUCAGCAUGGGGACAAGGUGCUUUGGGGGGGAGCCCCCCUGCCCCAAAGCACCCCACCAUGUUGAGGGAAUGUGGCCUGGUAUGGUUCAGGGGGGCUCACCCCCCCCCCCCCUUUCCUGACCUGCCAGGCUGCAUGCUCGGAUAAGGGUCUGGUAUGAAUUUUGGGGGGACCCCACGCCAUUUUUAAAAAAUUUUGGCAUGGGAAUUCCCCUCAAAAUCCAUACCAGACCCAAAGGGCUUGGUAUGGAUGGAGGGGG